AUGUCUACUGUACACACGUCCAAGCCCAAGCCUUUUGUUCUAUACACCGCUGGAACUCCAAACGGACGCAAAGUCAGUGUUUUUCUCGAAGAGCUUAGAGCAGUGUAUGGAGAAAAGGUCGAUUACGACGUCCAGAAAAUAAACAUCUCACGCAACGACCAAAAAGAGCCCUGGUUCAUCAAGUUGAACCCAAACGGGCGAAUCCCAGUGCUCGUCGACCGCGCGCGGGAAGAUUUCGUGGUGUUUGAGACAGCUGCUAUUUUGCUGUAUCUCGAACAGCAUUAUGAUCCGGAGAGGAAGCUUGGAUUUGACCCUGUGUCGCAGCCGAAUGAGUACAGUGAGAUGCUUCAGUGGAUGUUGUGGGCGCAUGGAGGCGUUGGUCCCAUGCAAGGCCAAGCAAAUCAUUUCAAUAGGUUUGCACCCGAGGACAUUCCCUAUGCAAAGAAGCGCUAUAUCCUGGAAACGAAACGCCUCUAUGGCGUGAUGGAGAUCCGCCUCACAGACCGUGAUUAUCUCGCUGGGCCCGGCCGGGGCGUAUAUAGCGCUGCAGAUAUCAACGUUUUCCCAUGGAUUAAUGUUCAUCAAUUUGCGGGUAUCGAAUCUCUCGAUGAGUGGCCGAGUCUCAAGAUGUGGCUUGGUCAUAUCAAUGCGCGUAAAGCUGUUCAAGAUGGCCUUGCUAUUCCGUAA